AUGUCCACCGAAGCUACCACCGGAGACAAGCGAAAGGCCGAGGAGCAGACCGUCACUGCCACCGACGAUGACGCCAAAAAGCAAAAGCUCGGUGACGAGGCCUUGACCAAGGAGUCUGAGGUCGACACUACCGUCAGCGAGUCUAACAUCAUCCCCGAGGGUACCGAGAGGAACGCCAAGCCCGCCGCUGGGGAGCUCGCCGAGCCUGAAGACGAGGAUGAGGAGAAGGCUGACAAGAAGGAGGCUGAUGCUGAUGUUGGUGCCGAUGAGGAAGAAGACGAGGAGGAGGAUGUCGAAGAGGAGGAAGAGGGCCGACGACCUCGAAGGCGAGCUGCUCAGAAGGCUGAGGGGUACUAUGGUACCGAUGCUGCUAAGGCUGCUCUCGGACCCAACGACAACGAAGAGGAAGACGAGGACGACGAGGAAGUCCAGCCUGGUGAUCUGACCGGGAUCACCGAGGGUGAUGAUGACGAGGACGAGGAUGAGGAUGAGGAAGAGGCUGAAGAGAAGUAA